AGAAGCUGAAUUUUGGCUACUCACCAUGGAGAGCAAGGUUAAAUUCAAGGGGACUUUAGGUGAGAUUCAUGGUAGAUGAAAUGGCUCUGGAGUAGGUUUUCCUCAGAGUUCUUUAGCCUUUCUGUACCAGUCAUCUAUCUACCAUUGCUGCAUAGCAGUCUAUCACUACCUCUGACCAAACAGCAUGAUGGUAUUAUUCUUUCAGUAAAAAGUAGGAGUUUCAUCUCUGACAUGGCAGUUGGCUGCCCUGAAUGUAAAGGAAGUUCAGUUUAGUUACUGCCAGUGUAAGUGUCAGUAUAAGGGUAAGCUACAUUGUGUCUUAUUUCUUGUACAAGAAAUCAGGGACAUGUACCAAUAACUUUAAAAUUAAAAAAAAACAGUUAACAGUGCCAAAAUUUAAUGCAAAUUAUUGAAUACUGUGGUCAAAUUAAUACUAGACCUGGUAUAAAAAUUAUGUUCAUUUCAUAUCAAUUAUUUAUAUAAUAAUAUAUAUGUGCAUGCAUGGAGUAUUAUAGAUAAUGAUAUCAUUGUCAUUCCACCUCACAAAUUCAAGCAUUCAUCAUGCUGGUAUUACUGAGAGUAGGCAGUUAAAAAAUGUGAGCUUGGUGUAGUCACUUGUGGCAUAACAUCUAUACCAAGUUUCAUGUAAAACCUUACAGCCAUUCUCUGGUUAUUAGAUAUGUCCAAACAGAUAUCAGUUAUGAAGAUGUUGGGUGAUGAGUGUGUUUGGAGGUACUUAGAAAAAAUAGUGAAAAGGUCAGGAUAGCUAGUCUCUAAGCUGAGAUUUUAAUCCAGGACCUCUCAAAUACGUAUCAGGGAUGCUAACCAUAUGGCUACAGCUAUGGACAUGUACUUAAAAUGUUUAAUUUGUUUUAUGUGGUGACAGUUUAAUAUAUAGGACAUUAUAAAUUACAUUUUAGCAUCAAUUCUAGCCUUUUAGUAUGUGUGUGUUUGUUCCUGAUUGAAUUUUUAAAAAAAUGGUCACCAUUUGUAUGAAAUAGAUUUAUGUGCAUGGACAGGAUGCACAAUAAGACCUGGGUGCAAGUACCAGGUAAGUCCACUUUGACAAAUUUUUCAGGAGAAGCAAUGAUAUACUGGGGUUUUAUUUUUGUACAAACAAGUGAAGCAGUUUUGUUUCUUAUCUAACACAGUCUACUACCAACUAAUUGGACUAUAUUCUCUCUGCAAGAAACUUAAAAAUUAAAGAAACUCAAAAAGUGGACUUUGCUGGUUCUUGUAUUCUUGUGAUUCGUACCUUCCUGAAUCAUAUAUUUCAUGAGGUAUGUCAUUUGUCAUUUAGUCUUUAUCUGUCAUCUGCUUUUAUACCAAAGGUGAAAUCUUAUGUACAUAAUUUGUAACAACAAUAGUAAUGAAUGUAACUUAUGUGUUCAUGCAUAUUUGGUGCAAUGUUGUUUUUGCUCAGGAAACUAGCAACAAGGAACAUAAAACAUUAAACUGUGACAUGCAAGUGGUGGAAAAUUAAUUUGACUUACAAAAAAGGUAUAUACUCUGCAAUUCCAACCAUAAUAAUGAUGGAGUGGUGCUUAAAUUUUGCUUGGAGGAGAGAUUGACAUGGAAUAGUAGUGGACCAUCAUAUCGACUGGCUGUCGAAGUCUAUAUUACGUUAGUGUGGUUUACGUGUAUGAAGCUGCUUUAUAGACUUCUUCAUAGAUGGCAAUGAAAACAAAUGUGCGUCAGCUAGAUUAUCGGUGUUUGUCUUUGCUCUAUUGACCUGCUGGUUAAACCCUAUAAGUUUUACUAAGGCAAGUUGACAGAAUACAUAAAGACUUUUUGGCACGAUUCACAAGAACUACUACUAGAACUAUUAUUAUUCUCAAGAGAUUACGCAAGAAAUCGCGAACGGUUGACGAGCCACGUGAUGUACAGAACCAAACAUCGGUUGGAACAUUCAUCAUAACCAUUCCGUUAUGGUGGCGUGAUUAUAUUCGUGUCAUUUGGCAGAUGAUGAAUCACUCUCCUGGACAAGAAAUUGCAAGAGACAGAUUAUGGUUAAUCACGAAGAUCUUCUUUCACAAGCAACAUGGGUUGAAAAACUGGAUGGGGUACUUGCUGUUAUGCAGACACAUGUCCAGAUAUGAAUCUUAACUACAUUGCAGCUGGUGUCAAGACUGACUGCCAUAAUCUGCUGAAGAAGUUUGUAGCAACAGAAUCUGUUCGCUUCAAAGAAUUUGUUAAAAUCUGGCAGGACAUGCACUUUUCAUGCAUAUAUUGUGGCCGAGAGAGUUUUGCAGAACUGUAUGAAUUCACAGAAGAGGUUCUGAAAAUUGCAAAGGAAUUCUUCCUUCCACCAAAACCACUACAGACAAGGGUCUGUGGACUGUACUUCCUGUAUGGACUAUACUAUAAGCAGCCAACUAUUGAAGAUGGAGAAUAUCUUGUGAAGAUUCGUCUAAAUUUCAAGGAAUGGCAAGAUUCUUACAGUCUCAUGGCAGUGCUACGUGAGGAACAACAUUAUGAUGCACUUUUUAUAUUCAGCAAGCUGCUAACAGAGAAUGCAUUCCACUUUUGUGCCAUGCCACGUGAGUAUGGACUUGAGAGAAGCAUUAGAAAGUAUCUAGAACGUGAUGAUACUGGUUUAGAUGAGGAUCUACCCCCCAGGUCUGAGGUACUAAUGUUGGAGGAGAGUGGCUUACUUAGUUCACUUGAUGAACUCAGUAAAAAGUACUUUAAGUUAAAGUGUGGAUUGAACAAUGCAAGUAACCGGGAUAAACCACAUCAGCUAUUGAACUAUGCAAAUUCUGCUGUUGCAGAUGAUAUUAGAAAGGUAAUGUUGACAAUGUCAGGUGGUACUUCAUACCAUAAAGAUGAAAAUGACACACAGAAAUCAAUCGGAUCUCAUCGGAAGAAGUUAAAAGAUCAAGCGUGUUAUGGCGCAGGUCCAAGUAAGGUUACAUGAACGUUUUAUUAUUUUCAUAUUACAAAGUAUAACACUCAUGUGCACACUAAUAUCCCCAUUUAAUGUUCCUCACUGUGACACAGUCACGUUGGGACAAUAGUGUCCUACUCCUUGGCUCUUAUAUAUAAUGAGCUUUUUUUGUCUGUUGUCAAAACAUAUCUGUAUUUUCUGUGAAUAAACAUUUCCACGCAUCUUUAAA